AUGCUUCAUCAUCCUAUUGCUUAUUCAACCUUUAAAUAUCAACGUUUAUUAUCAGUUGAACCUGUUAAUAGUAGUUCUUCUUCCUCAUCAUCGUCAACCCUCACAUUAACUACCAACCCAUCUUCAAAUCACCAUCUAUCAUCAUCAAAUAAUCAAUCACCAUCUCCUAUCAACUUAAGAUUCCAUAUUUAUAAACCAUCAUCCAAAUCAAAAAGAGCUCCCAAACCAAUAUUAAAAUCAAAAACAGUAGAAUUAGUAUCAAAAAUCAUUCAUAAUCAUGAUUCAUCUCAUAAUCGUCGAUUAUCAGUAGGUUCAUCUACUUCCAUAAGUUCUUCAACCUCCUUAUCUAGUGUCGAUGAUCAAUAUGAUUAUGAUUAUCAAGUGUUUGAUGAUGUCGAAGAUUAUCAUCCCUUUGAAUCAACUCCCACUAAAUAUAAUCAUUUCACUAAAGAAUAUAAUUUCAUUGAAUCUAACCCCAAUCAUGAUCAACUACAAGAGAAUGAGAUUAAACCAACUAAAUUAAAAUGGUUAAAUCAACCAUUUUCACAAUCAAAUCAAAUUUAUCCAACUAAAAUAUCGGAAUUAGGCUGUAAAUUCAUUGAUUAUUUAAAUCAUUUGGGAUUCGUAAACCCUCCAUCACCUUCACCCUUCUCAACCACCACCAUCAUCAAUAACAAUAUAAAGAAGAAUGACGACGACGAUAGAAAGGUUUAUUAUUGUGAUUUGAAUUUUGAAAUCACUUAUAAAUCAGAUACAUUCAUUAUUGAUUUAAAUCUUGAAUAUCAAUGUUUAAAUCAUCAACAAUUUAAAUUACCACCUAAUUUAUUCAUCACCAAUGAACAAUUGAAUGAUUAUUUAAAAGAUAAAUUAAUCUUGAAUUUAUUUAAUCGGGAAAACGAUAUAACUUCAUCUUCUACAUCUACAAAUAGGGAUACUUUCAUUCAAUUCGAACAUAAAUUAAAACUGUUAUUACAAUUGAAGUCGAUUAAAUGUUUUGUAAAUGAUCUUGAAUUGGCCCUUUGA